UCCGCCUGCCCCGGGGGCCGGCCCCAGCCUUCAGCCGGCCCCGGCUCCGCUCCCCGAGCCCAUGGGCAGCGGCAGCAGCCGCCGCCGGGGCCCGGUGGCCACGGGGGGAGGCGGCGGAGGCGACCCCCGAGGGCCGGGGGCGACCCCGAGCCCGGCGGAGGCGGCGGCGGGGGGCGAGGGGGCGGCGGCGCUGCCCACCCCCGGCAGCCCCCCGAGGGAGGCUGUGUUACCUGGAAGCCCGCCCGACACAGAGAACAACAACGUCAGCAAUGACAGGUGCCCAGGAGGGAGCAGCAAGCAGCCGGCGGGGUGCCCGGCCGUGUCCUACGACUGCGCAGAGGAGGAGCUGAUGGCCAGCAUCGAGCGGGAGUACGGCCGCUGAGCCCAAAGCGGGGGGCAGGAAGCUGCUGCCAACAGGCCACAGCCAGGAGGAAGAGGAGGAGGAGGAGGAGGAAGAGGAUGGAAGAAGGAGAGGAUGGGCGAGAGGCAGCGCAACUGCUCCGGAGACACGGAGGAUGACCUGAAGAAAACCAUAUUUCCCAACGAAGGCGUACUAGAGCUCUGCUGAGAUGGUGCUUUGAAGGAAAACCUUAUUUUUUUUGUUGUCCUGGCAGUGUGGGUGCUGUACCCGCAGCACAAGGGCUUUCCCCCCCAGUCCCAGCAGGAGACACGUCCCCAGGGCCACCUCGCCAUGGCCAUCUGCUCAGAGAGGGCCUUGCAGAGCAGCUCGUUGCCACCCGUUCUCAGCCAUCGCCCCUGGCCUGCCCGUGCGUUUCUUCUCCUCCGUAGCUAGUCUAGAAGAAAAAUCACUACAAUUUAUCAUUAGCUGCAUCAGAAAGGCUGGAUCGCCACGGAAAAUCGUAUGUUUUCAGCACUUCCCUGACAGGGAAGCCUGGUAUUUUAGGGUUUCUGCCUCUGUUUUGCCUGCAUCUUAAUGUGCUAUGAGUAGCUGCUUAUUAUCAGGCAGUAGAAAAGUACCUUAUUUCUGCCUUCAGCUGAACUGUAAAAGGUGCCAGAUGAAAUCUGCACAAAGCGUGUGCAAGCGCAAGGGGAAACAGCAGGGCGCAGCUGUAUUUUGGCUUCUUUGUCGUUCCUGAAAUCUGUGUAAGGGAAAGAAGCGGAUCUGUAUUCUGCAUAACUCUCAAUAAAGGCAAAUAAGCUGUUCAGAAAACGUC